UCUUAUGGAGCUUUCCCAUCUCUUGUGCUUUAUUUUGUCGCCUGCUGUUGAACAAUAAUACACCGGUGACUGGGUCAACAUCCCCGACGUUAAUCCAGGUCGACGUCGAGAGUUGCAUUUUUUAUUGUUAUUUUUCCCCAGGGAGUAAGGUGCGCUCUCGGUCGUCUGUUGCUGCAGGAAUUCAAACAUAAAGUUUUUAACAUGGCGGUGUUCGUCGAAGGAUUGAUCGGCGUGAUCAUCUUCUACAUCAUCAUCCUGGUCAUCGGGCUAGUCGCCGGACGGAAGAAGUCGAGCAGCGCGGACUCCCAGUUCCUGGCAGACAGGGGACUCGGUCUCUUUGUCAGUAGUUUCACCCUUUCCGCAACCAUGGUCGGGGGUGCCUAUAUUAGUGGGGCGGCUUCAGAAAUCGCCACCAAGGGACUCGUGAACACCGUUGCUCCCAUUGGAUACAACAUUGGCUUGGCAAUUGCUGGUUUGGUGUUUGCCCCCAAGGUACGACGGGAAGGCUACGUGACCAUAUUUGACCCACUCCAGCUGAAGUUUGGCAAAAAAAUGGGAGCCGUUCUGUUUUUCAACGAACUGGUAGCAAACAUCUUCUGGGAGGCGGCUAUACUUGGGGCUCUAGGAGCGUCUCUGAAGUCGAUCAUUGGGUUGGACAUGAACGUGGCCGUCAUCACGUCUGCGUGCGUCGCCGUUGUCUACACUUUCUUCGGCGGACUAUAUUCUGUAGCAUAUACAGAUGUGAUUCAGCUCAUCUUCAUUGGUGUAGGACUUAUUCUAGCGCUACCUUUUGUGUUCACGAACAAAGCGGUGGAUUUAUCCCGAGUUGAGGGGAAAUGGUUUGGGACCGUAGAAUCUGAACACGUUGGAGGCUACAUUGACACCUUUGUCAUCGUUACGUUUGGAGGAAUUCCUUGGCAGUCUUACUACCAGCGAGUGCUAGCCUGUAGAACCCCCUCGUUGGCCCGCAAUGCCACGCUGAUCUCCAUCAUCUAUUCCAUGGGUCUCUUUAUCCCGCCCGCCCUCAUUGGAUUGGCGGGAGCAUCCGCAGAUUGGAACGCUACAUCCUAUGAGGGCACGUUACCUUUAAGUGAGACCGACUGGGAGUCAAUCCUUCCCAUGGUUCUUCAGUAUUUAUGCCCUACGGCGGUAUCAGUUAUCGCCCUUGGUGCCAUGAGUGCCGCCGUAAUGUCGUCAGCUGAUUCUAUCAUUCUGGCUGUCGGCAGCGUUGUGGCCAGAAACAUUUACCAAAACAUUCUUCGGCCAAAUGCAUCAGACAGGGAGAUUGUUUGGGUCUUUCGUAUUUGCGUAGUUACUGUUGGCGCACUGGGAACAAUAAUUGCCUUGACGGUUCAGAGCGUGUAUGGGUUACUAGUAUUGUGCGGGGACCUCAUGGCCGUGGCUCAGUUCCCUCAACUCGUCUGCGCCCUGUGGUUAAAGGUGGGAAACACCUACGGAAGCUUGAUGGGGAUGAUUGUUGGUCUGUUGAUGAGAAUUCUUGGUGGAGACCAAGUCCUCGGCAUCCAAGCCGUUAUUCAUUACCCAUACUUCGACCCAAAGCACAAUAAACAGAUCUUCCCCUUUAAAAUUGUAGCUAUGCUUUGUUCUUUGGCAACAAUCGUGAUAGUGUCCUACAUUACUCAUUUUAUUUUUAAACGAAAUUAUCUAUCCAAGAAGUUUGACAUUUUUAAUUGUUUUCAAGAUCAGGUGGAAAAAGAAAUUACACCUGACCAGCAUGAAAAUUCCGUAAUGUUCAGUUCAGUAAAUAAUGAACAUUCCAGUGAAGAAACUGUUAAAGAGAAAGCAAGUGAUGCCAUGUUGGAUAACACUGAUUUAUAG